AUGGCGACGUCGCGAGCAGAGAUCCCUCAGUUCGAUGGAUCGGGCGAUUUCACAAUUUGGAAGAAGAGGAUGUUGGCGAACAUCACAGUUCAAGGAUUAAAAGAUCUUCUCGCCGAGAAGGAAGUAGUUACGAUGACGGAGCAACAGAUCCUUGAAGAAACUCCGGCAGCAAGGAAGAAGUGUCUCGACGACGAAGCAGAGCUCCUAGAACGAGAUGACAAGGCACUCAACCUGAUAAUCAUGUACGUCGGCGAUCGAGUUCUCAGGAAACUUGACAAAUGCAAGACGGCGGCUCAAGCAUGGGAAACGCUCGACAGACUUUACAUGGAGAAGACUCUGCCGAAUCGAGUUCACGCAGAGCUCCAGGUUUACUCGUACAGAAUGGUGGAGUCUCUGAGCAUCGAUCAGAAUGUGGAUGGAUUCUUGAAAUUGAUUGCAGAUCUGAGCAAUCUAAGCAUCGACAUUCCUGAUGAGGUACAAGCUAUCUUACUCCUUAAUGCUCUUCCCGCGAGAUUUGACUAUUUGAAAGAAACCUUGAAAUAUGGUCGAAACUCUAUAAAAUCUGAAGAGGUUAUUAGUUCUGCUAAAUCGAAAGAACGUGAAUAUAGUGACUCUGCUGGUCAUAAGACUAUCGGAGAAGGUCACUAUGUAAGAGGUAGAACGGAAUUUAGGGGCACUAGCAAUGCAGGUAAAUUCAACAAAUACCGAUCAAGGUCAAAGUCUAAGGAUGGGAAGAGAGUUUGCUGGAUAUGUGGAAAGGAGGGACACUUCAAGAAACAGUGCUACAAAUGGCUGGAGAAAAACAAGGAAAAGUCACAUUCACAGGACAAUGGCGAAUCAGCACUGGCCAGAGAUGAUGCCAAAGAUCUAGUGGGUUUGGUUGCUUGUGAGGUUAAUCUGAUGCGGGGAAAUAAUGAGAAGGAAGAGUGGAUACUUGACACAGGCUGCUCAUUCCACAUGACACCAAGGAGAGACAUGUUCAUAGACUUCAAGGAAGCAUCAUCCGGAAAAGUCAAGAUGGCGAACAGUACACACUCAGAGGUGAAAGGGAUCGGCUCAGUAAGAUUCCUGAAUCCAGACGGCACAACGUUCGUGCUUCAUGACGUGAGGUACAUGCCAGAGAUAGGAAGGAAUCUCAUAUCCUUGGGGACUCUCGAGAACAAAGGCUGUGAGUUCAAGGGGUCACAGGGAGUCCUUAAGGUGGUCAAGGGAUGCAUCGUGAUUAUAAAGGCAUCUAGGCAAGAUAAUGAUACACUCUACGUUCUACAAGGAUCAGCAAAGUCGUCUGAGGCCAACAAUGCAGAGACGAGUCAAAAGAAUAACCAAGAAGAUGAUACUCAGCUGUGGCACAGUCGUCUAGGUCACGUCAGACAGAAAAACUUGGAUGUUUUGGUCAAGAAAGGCUGCAUAGAGAAGGGAAAGGUCUCAGAGCUGAAGUUCUGCGAAGAUUGUGUGAUCGGCAAGACGCACAAAGCAAGUUUCGGGCCAGCUCAACACGUUACUAAGGAGAAACUGGACUAUAUUCAUUCUGACUUGUGGGGCUCACCAAAUGUUCCACCAAGUCUAGGGAGAUGUCAGUAUUUCAUCUCGUUUACUGACGAUUGGUCCAGGAAAGUGUGGUUGUACUUUCUUAAGACGAAGGAUGAAGCAUUUGACAAGUUCGUCGAAUGGAAGAAAAUGGUUGAAACACAAUCUGAGAGGAAAGUCAAGAAGCUGAGGACAGAUAACGGGUUAGAGUUCUGUAACAUCAAGUUCGAUCAGUUCUGCAAGAGUGAAGGAGUAGUGAGGCACAAGACUUGUACAUACACACCUCAACAAAAUGGGAUCGCAGAGAGACUGAACAGGACCUUGAUGAACAAAAUUAGGAGCAUGUUAAGUGAAAGCGGUCUAGAGCAAAAGUUUUGGGCUGAAGCGGCUUCAACAGCGGUGUAUCUAACCAACAGGACUCCGUCUUCAGCAAUUGAGUUUGAUAUUCCAGAGGAGAGGUGGACAUCAGCAGUGCCGAGUCUCGAAAGUCUGAGAAGGUUUGGAUGCAUUGCCUAUGUUCAUUCGAGCGAUGGAAAGCUCAAUCCAAGGACAAAGAAAGGAAUCUUCACUGGCUAUCCAGAGGGUGUUAAAGGCUUCAGAGUGUGGCUACUUGAAGAAAGCAAAGUCACAAUAAGCAGAAAUGUCGUGUUCAGAGAGGAUGUAGUCUACAAGGAUCUCAAGUCUGAGACAAAUUCAGGUAAUCCUCUCACAGAACAAGUUUCUACUGAUACGUUUGUUAGUGUAGACAUUGCAGAUUAUCAGCUAGUGAGAGAUAGGCCAAAGAGACAAGCAAAGCUGCCAGUGAAACUGGAAGAUUAUCAACUGGAAGAGGAUUUUGAGGAUAUUGCUGGUUAUGCCUAUCUGAUAAUUGAGGAUGGAGGAAAACCAGAGCCAGGAUGCUACGAGGAAGCGUUAAGUGAUCCAGACAGUGAGUUAUGGGUUGAUGCCAGCGACGAAGAGAUUGCAUCUCUAAUGAAGAACAAGACCUGGAUUUUGGUAGACAGAAGGAAGGAUAAGAAGGCGAUAGGAUGCAAAUGGGUGUUCAAGCGAAAGGCAGGAAUAGCUGGAGUUGAGGCUCCACGGUUCAAGGCAAGACUGGUAGCCAAAGGCUAUUCACAGAAGGAAGGGAACGACUAUCAAGAAAUCUUCUCACCAGUAGUGAAGCACGUCUUCAUCAGAUUUCUGUUGUCAGCGGUAACUCAUUUCGACAUGUAG